UUUCCCCUGUUCCUUUCUCGUCCGAAGCUUCCAUCUUCCAACCGGCCACUAAUUCCUCCUUCUCUCAUCUCCUUUAUUGUCUUUAUUUCUUCUUCCGUUCACCUGCUUCGAGUAAACUUCUAACCCCCUCAUUCUUUCUUCUUCAAUUCCACCCAUCCGCUCACCACAAAUUUACCCACUUCUUGUUUAGUCUUCCAAGAAAUUUGAAAUUGGGGCUUUUCAUGCCAAACACGGUUAAUUGCAGGGGCUUGAAUGUCUACAGACGAAGCCCAAGCCGGGCUCGGAAGGGAGGCGACGAAUUGUAGCGGCUUGGACGCCGCUUAAACGUCCCCGGUGAAGAGGAAGUUGGGCGCUCGAACCAUUUCCAACAUGGGGUAAGCUCAGAUCCAAAAACCCAUACCCAAACAAAGAAGAAAGAAAGAUGAAAAGAGAAUUGAGGUGAGAAGGGGUGGUGAUGGAGGUUGGGCACUUGGGCGUGUGCGGUGGACUUGGAACGGCAAAGAAGAUAGAAACGAAGAAGGAAAGAGAAAAGGGGAAGAAAGAAAGAGAUAAAAAGGAAAAAGAAAAGAAAUGUACAAAAAAUUGGUGUGAACAGUAAAAAUGUCUAAUUGUACAAUCCACGCAAGCAAUUGAACUUGAAACAGGUUGAUUACCUGUGAAAAGUGCAAUUUGGUUGUUUUUUAGCAGUUCACGAACUUAAUUAAUUCAUUUAGUAUGUGGACUUAUUUGACAAUUUUCACUAUUUUGUUAUUCUGCUUUUUUGAUCUUUUUUUUAUAACAAAAUUGAAGCAGUAAUAUAUGCACAUUCGAG